AUGGCGUCGCAAGAAUACAUGGACAAGAUGCAGCUCCGCCAGAACUACCGAAAUCUCUGGCACACCGAUCUCAUGGGCACCAUUCAACAAGAUGCCCCUUAUUGCUGCUUGGCUUUUUGGUGUGGACCAUGUGUAUCCUAUAUGCUCCGGAAACGAGCGCUAUAUAAUGACAUGUCAAGGUAUACAUGUUGCGCUGGUUAUAUGCCAUGCAGUGGUAGGUGUGGAGAACGUAAAUGUCCUGAGCUUUGCCUUUUCACUGAGGUUUUCCUCUGCUUUGGAAACUCGGUGGCUUCAACCCGAUUUUUGUUGCAAGAUGAAUUCAAUAUUCAAACAACAAAAUGUGACAAUUGCAUUAUCGGUUUCAUGUUUUGCCUGCAACAAAUUGCCUGCAUAUUUUCCAUAGUUGCAAUGAUUGUUGGGAGUGGUGAGAUUCAAGAUGCAGCACAGUUACUGAACUGUUUGGCCGAUAUGGUUUAUUGCACGGUCUGUGCUUGUAUGCAGACACAACAUAAGAUCGAAAUGGACAAACGAGAUGGCAAGUUCGGUCCGCAACCAAUGGCAAUACCCCCUGUUCAGCAGAUGUCUCGCCUUGAUCAAGCAAUUCCUCCUGCAGUUGGAUAUCCACCACCAGCAUAUGGACAGCCUUAUCCACCACCUCAAGGGUACCCCCCAUCUGCAUAUCCUCCUGCUCAGUACCCUCCUCCUGGUUACCCACCUUCUGGUUAUUCCAGGUGAUCCAAAAUGGGUUUUGGUGCAAUUUGUCACAUCCAAAAUGGGUGCGCCACGAACACAUCAUAUGGCCUUAAUGGAAUGAUUUGACAUAAGACUUUUAUUAGGUUUAAAAUGGGUGUCGUAUUCUCGUCAACCUCAUUAGUAAUCUGUUUGAAUAAUUAUUUAGUAAAUAAUAAACUAUUCUUAUAUUUAAGA